UCAAUCAGCAUAAUUUUCAUUUAGCAAAAAUACAUUUCAAUAAAACACAGAAAGCAGGACUUUGAGUAGCCAUAUUUGUUGUGUACUCAGAUGUUUCUGGCAAUUAAAUAUCACCUAAAAUCAUAAAUCUCUUAAAAUCUGUCAGACCUUAUCAACAAAAACUGAAAAUGCAGAAACCUCGUGAAAGUAUUGAGUCUGUGGUAGAGCUGCUGUAUUGGGUAGCACUAGACUGCCUGUGUGUUCAUAAUGUUAUUGCUGGUCGGUGUAUAUGGAUGCAUUUCAAAUACUUUUUUAACAAUACAAUAAAGAGAUUAAAUCAGUUUUAAUAUUUCUUCCGGGUUGAAAGAGUAACAAGCGAUGAUGUUGCAUACCAUUGCCUCUGUUGGCUAUGCACAUCACCUCUCUCUCUCUUUCUCUCUCUCUCUCUCUAUCUCUCCCCAUCUCUCCCCCCUCUCUCUCUGUCACACAGGGCCAGGCAGCAGGCUGAGGCAGCAGCGCGUCCGCCCGGACACACACACACAUAUAUAACACCGCAUAGCGUUACUACCGACUGAAGCGCUCAGUCAUUUUAACGCUCAUACAAAAUGGAUGUUUCCGCUGGUACCACCCUUUGACACUGGACUGUCGCCGUCUACGUGAACAGAAACCUCCUCUCCAGGUUUUCCGCUGAUGUUUCUGUUUCGCCUCGACGACACUCAGAGAGGACCACACUCCCCACAUCGUUAGCUCGCUAAGCUAAGCUAGCCGCGCUAACUUAGCCGUGAUACUUUGAACCUUAUCGGCGUCUGAUUUCUGCCUCGAAGCGAGCCUGCGGUCUUCUGCGCCACAGCAGUGGAUUGAGGUCCCCUGUCACUCAAGGUAAGCGAUUAAAAGAUAUAAAAAAGCCGUACCGUUGCUGUCUAUUCUCUCUUUUUGAGUCACAGUGGAAUAGCGGUGCUGGUAAAGCUUUAAGGUUAUCUAGCAGCAGCAGCAGAGCGGCGCUGUAGCAGAGAGCUUCUUGUUGACAGAAGCAGCCAAGCAACGGGGAGGUGAUGCGACUCACCGUUAAGCACACAUUAGUCACUUUGAUUUCCUGCCAAUGAGCCGACGAAUGCUGUGCCACAACAGGCUGGAAACGGGUUAAAAAACCGACAGCUUUCAUUGCCUACCACGGUGACUCUCGUCAAUACUUGGGGAGCCAUCCUCUGCUGGCGUUUACCUCUGGUUUGUCGUGAAUGGGCCACUGCCAGGUUAACAUUUCCUUACAGUUGCCGCAUUUGACUGCAGCGAGUUCGCCUAACGGUCUAUUCAAAUGACAGUUAAAACACAAGAUAACGCCCUGUAAUGGUUACACCCAUAAUAAUAUUAUGCUUGAGGUUAAACUGUUUGGAUACUAAAUCUUCCGUACUAGUGCUCUUCUUCCUCACGGACGUUUCCUCAUGUUACUGUGAAUAUUUCCAGAGCAUUGACUGUACUGGUCUCCGUACAACUGUAUGUAACCUGAAUGGUGCUGAACAUGAUUUGAGAUAUAACACCGGUAUGAAUGCUGUGUUAAUGUGUAACACUAAAGAGGAACAGAUACUGAACUUUACUGUUUUUAUAGGCUAGUAACAAUGUAGAAGGGCAACCUUCAUCAUGUGGUCAUAGAAGACAGUUGUGCAAGAUGUAUGCACAAGCAAGCACCCUUGUGAGCAGGUGUAGUGUGAGUUCAGAUACCUAUGUUGAAAGUGUAUUGCACGGCUUUGUAUGCUGUACACUUGUGGACAAACUGGAUGCAAGCUUGCAGAUGCAGGAAUGAUUCUUCGUGAAGAUACUAUUGAUAAUAUAAUUUAAAAUAUUAAUCUUGUUCUGAUUUCUAGGUAUAAUUUCCAGCUUUUCUAGGUAUAGUCCUUGAAUCUGAAGUUAAGUUAUAAUUAAAUACAGCUUUAGUACUGCAUCACAGACUGGAAAGAUGAGCUGCGUAGCUGGAAUUUAACCCCCGGUUGGUGCUGUCCUGUGUCCCGAUUAGAGGUCAGAUGAUUUAGCUUAGCUUAAUAGGAGGAAACCAACCAGUGACUGGAUCUUUCCUUGCUGGACGCUGGAUUUUAAGGCCCUCCUGCUUCACAGCUGAACAGAGGUUAAUCACAUUUCAUGUAAUUCAAUCUCAGAGAGACCUUUUAUAGGGUUUGGUUGAAGCAUGUGGGGCCUGACCUAUGUGUGCAUUCGUGAGAAAACGAGACUCAUUGAAUGAGUGAAAGAGGAGAGAGCUGGUGUGCAUGAGUGAGCAGGCAUUAACUGUAAUUAUCUGGAGAGAUAAGAAAAUGGAUUCACUAUCAGUCCUGCAGGAGUGUGCUGUAGCAGAGGAGCAGAUGAAGAUGUAGCGUUGACAGAGAACCAAUUAUAUUAAUCUGUCAUGUUCCUUAAAGGAAGAGAGACAAGGGGCAUGUAUUAUUUAUUCUCUGUGUGCGCGUGUGUAUGUGUGUGGUGAUGUCGGUACACGUGCAGUAUGAGAAUAUGCAGUGUAGCUGGAGAAGAGCUGCUGUAUAUUUUUGUUACCUGUAGGAUUAGUCCCAUGGUGUCUGUGCCUGAGCUGCCGGCUUUGAUCAUGCUCAGAAACGAUGUGAAGUAAAUCUGGAUUACAUUGAAAGAAGCACUGACUUGACCGUAUACAGGUAUAUUAGGAAAUCUCUUGGUUAUGAAGUGUGUACUCAAGACAAUAAGUUCUCAGUGCAGGAAUUUUCCUGACUUUGGCAGUAUGUGUGUCAUGUUCAGGACGUGGCCUCAGAGCUGUAUAUCUGAAAUCAGCCCAGGCUUCAGCCAUGACUGUCCAGCUCUGAAAGGAAAUGAAUCAUGUUCCUCAUUUCAAGGCCGUGGAGUCGGCAUGAUGCGUUUCCUGCCCUGUGCGUGUUGACUGUGUGUUCAGGAGUCGGCAGAUGUGCCUGUUUUUGAGAAAAUCCUGUAUUUGGGAGGGGAGGUGUCAAUUUUUAGGACAUGUUAAGUGAUGUGUUUGGCUUAAAAAAUGAGAGUUCGCAUCAAAUAUGUGGAUAAUAAGAUGUUUCUGGCUGCGUCAUUGUGCUUUUAGCUAAAUUUGAGGGUUUGUAUUACCUAAUAGGUAGUGUGUUUGUUUCUUCUGUGUAAUAGUUAUACAGUUAGUAAUAGUUUUAUAGCAGCAUGAUGUUGAUGAUUGGUCUAAUCAAAACAGAAAAACUAGAAAUUAUAAUUCCUGUGAUCAGAUGAUACCAAGGUGUUUUAUCUUUUUUGUGCAAUUUUCAUCAGAGUGAAGCUUUAUUUUCUAGGUAUCGCAGCUCAGUGCAAGCAAUCGAAAGCCAAAGAUUUCAUGGUAAAAACCUCUGCUAUCAGCUAGGAUUUUUAAGUGUAUGUGUUUGUCAUAGAAGGUGGCUCUAGAGCGUUUAUUGCCCCAAGCUGGUUUGGAACAAUAGCUCUAUUCUGGCUCAUUUCUCCGGAGGGAGGCUGCAGUAUUCGGCGUUCCCGGCACUCUGUGUGCCAGCGAGGCUUGGUUUGGAAUUGGGUUUCCACAGCCACCUGGACCUCUGAGCACAGGAAUGCCAUUGUUCCUUCUUUCAGACUAUGGCCGGAUCAGACACACAUGCAAACACACAUGCAAUGUAAACAGAUGCAGGCAUGUUUGCACCCUUAUUACACAGUAUGCAACAGGAGCUCAUAUCAACCUGUGUGUCCCCAAAACUUAUGUCACCCUGCUUUUGUGAUUUUAUAAAUAGAUACAGCCACUGAGAGCUAACACUAGCUUAAAAAAAAUAACUUUGUCUGAGUGACUAAUUUGUAUUUCAAGCCUUAAAAAGCAGCCACAGAAACAUUAAUUCUUUUGGUUUGAGAUUUUUUGGUGUUAAUUGGAAUGAUUAACCUAUUUAAGACUUGAAGUGAAUGAAAAGCGUUUUAAAAAUGUAAUUAGUGUGGAAACAGUUGCUCAGUUAAUAAAUGAGUUGCUUGACACACAAUCACUCACCAGUACAGCUGAGGGGCAGUAAAUCAUUAUAGUCAUUUUACAAAAAUGUUUUCCUCCACUGUGAGGAAUUUUGAGCCCAGGGCUCAACAAAAUGAUAAAGACAAAUUGUGACUGUUAUCCAUCAUUUUCAAUACCAAACUUUUAAUGAUUUUAUGGGUUAAAUAUUUAAAUAGUUCAUUGUAGCUCUGAAAAGCAAACUUCGAAAGUGUGACCUUGAAAUUGAUUUCUAAAUCCAUUAAUAUAGAUGCAUUAUGUUAACUUAAUGGCAUGACAUCACCCUUAGGCACCCAAUCACUGCACAUAUUAAAGUAAGUGCAUGUACAUGAAUAUGUAAAGGAUGGUGUUUAGUAGUUUAAAGACAAAUUUUAAUCUUAUUUACUGGCUAAAGGUCCUCUCACACCGGGACCGUUUUUGUCGUGUGAUUAUUUCGGUAGAUUUUUCCAAAGUUUUGCAUGUUGCAACGUCAGAUUAUAUCCAACAUGGCCGACCAGCUGAUUGUUUAUGAUCGUUUACACAAACAUUACAAAGAUAACGACCUGAAGGACAACUUGUGGAGAGUCAUAGCGUCGGAUUUCUCAUAUGAUGAUAGUUUUUGUGCUUUAACAGUUUGCUAAACGUCUUUGUUUUAAUUUUCAUCUGUGCUAACGUACGCUAACGGUUGUUACCAUAGUUUCAUGUGCUUAUCUUAUCGCCUCUUAUUGGCUAUAAGUGCUGACAGUUUGGCUUGAGCAUGUGAUGACAUUUCCAGCUUUUCUAGCCAAUCAGAGGCGAAGGAGGCGGGACUUUCCCUGGGAAAAGUCUUCCCCAGGAUGCAUCUUUUUCCCCCUGGAAAGUCGCAAAAUCGCAUCGGGCUUGAUGUGUAGAGUCAGGCACGUCAGAAUUCACCUCCGAAUAUUUCGUAAUUUCGUGUUCUACAUUCACGUCGGCCCCGAUGUGUAAAGACCUUUUAAACUGAGGUUUUUCGUUGUUUGGUGUGUCAGAGCAACAGUAUGUUGUUCGAGCAGUCAUGCCAAAGCAGUGGCUGUCAUCUGUGGCUCAAAUGCCUCCCUACAUCAGCACACCUGAUUCAAAUGACCGGUUUGUUGUCAGCAGCUGGUGCAGUUGAAAUACCAUCGAGCAAUUGAAUCAGAUGAGGAGAGAGAAAACAAGACCUUGGUCCUCACUACAAAUGGAUUGCUGCUGCUUGCACCAAGAAUCCUCAUUCGCCCUCCCAUCUGCAAUUAUAUCCAUAAAGUCUGUAUGAUGGGCUGAAUGGAGCUCAAGCUGAUGACUGAUUUAACCUCUGCUUAUUGUAGAGAUAGUAAUGGCUCCAUGUAGCUGCACACACAGCUCAUGCACAAACUCGAUAAAGAGUUUUUGUUUUUACACUAGAGCAAUUAGCACCAACUCUCUGCAAACAAUGAAAUUUUAACUCGAUCAGUCACUGUCUUUUUGGCUCAUUUGCACAGAUUUGGCUGGCACAAACACCUUCCAAUCCCCUGGUGAAUCAGGCCCAGAGUGUUCAAAUGUUUUUCAUGCAUAGAUGCUGAAACUAGUUAAUGGAACUGGCUCGAGUUUUGAAUAUUGAAUAUACAAAAUGUAUAAAACCAUAUGUUUGAUGUUUGUUUUAUAAUGAAAUUAGCUUCUUUUGUUUUCUUUUGGUAUACACUAAAACCCAUGAUGUUUUGGUAGCACACUGAUGCUUUGAGGCAUACAGACACUUGUGUGUGUCCAGGGGAUGAGGAGCAAAUGUUAGGGUUGAUAUAUCAAAAGAAACCUCAGAGACCCCCCAAAAAAUAUAUAAUUUUUUUCCCAUAGAGCAUUGAGGAGAAAGCCGAGAACGUAGUGGCAGCCCCUCUAUAAUCUGUUCCAGUCUGUGAAAUGUCACUCUGACUUUGUUUACUCUGAAGUUGUCUCUUUAAUCAAAUCCUCCUCUCACAAGAAAACAUUGAACAAUCAGAGGCUGUCUCUCUGACAUGUGAUUACUUCCCUGCCAGCUACUCCUAAAAGGUGGGUCUUGUUUUUUAAUAAUGUUGUCUGAUCACAGAGCACAUCAGACAGACUUCCUUUACAUUUAGCAGCAUCUGUCGUUGUUUUACAGCCAGCAGUGCAGCAAAAUAACUGACACCUGUGUUAUAUAUGCACGAGCAGAUCUGACAAUUUUUUCCACCUUCAUUAGAAAAGAAAUAGCAGAGAGUGACUGAACAUUUGCAGUCUAAAGAAUGGGUUUGGCAGGCCACAAGAUCCUCAGGUUGGUGCUGCAUUAAAGCUAGGGCCAGGCGAUAAACCGAAAAUUUACCAAAAACGAAAUUUACAACAAUAACCAACAUCAUUUUGCCCAUGUCAAUGUAUCCGGUGUCAAAAAAUAAAAAAUAAAAGUUGUUUUUGGAUGUGUGUAAGUAGGCUAUGGUCUCAUGUCCCUUUAAGACACUGUCCUACAUCAGAGAUGUGACUCCACCCCAUUCAGUCCGAAACAAAGAGGGAAAGACAGGUGAGGAGAUGGAGGACGGUUCAAAAGUUGUAGCGGCUAGAGUGGCGGCUAAAGAAGAUGAAGUUAAUAUGGGAGGGGGUGAGCGGCUUGUGGAGUAGUUAUUGUCCAUUUAUCGUUAUUGAGGUGAACUGCUCAAUAUAUCGUGAUAUUGAUUUGAGGCCAUAUCGGCCAGCCCUACUUACAGCAUAUAAAAAGGAACUAUUUACAUCUUAGAUUAAAAGUGAGAUAGGAUAGAUGUCCCUCCUGUUUAACCUUCUUAUCCAUCUUGAAACAGGCUGCCUCAACAAAGUGCAGACUGUACAGAAACACACUCCGGAUGUUGAUUGCUAGUUUAGUUGUAUCAGAUCAGGCCGAGUCUGAAAUGUUUGAUCUUCAGACAAAGUGAGAGAAACAGAAAACUUAGAGAGAUGAGAGGGAUAAAGAGAUAGCCAUCAGCGGCAUUUAGUGUUAUUUUCCUAUGUCCUUGUGGGUUUGCAGGCAGUUCAAGUUUUUUGGUGUGUGUGUGGAUGUUUGUUUGUGUGUGUGCGUGCAUGUUCCUAUGUGUGUCCUCUGGUUUUCCAGCAGGUCACAGUGGGGAUAGAGUUGCACAGAAGUGGGUCAGCUCGUGCCACCAGGGAGUCUUGGAAGCUUCAUGCUCCCUCUCAGACUGGGACCAGCUUAAGACAGACACAAACAUGCAUCUCUUACUUACAUCGUACAUCGUUUGUAGGCAUCGAUUGUUGAUUGCGGAUAGACCAUGAAUGCAGCGUUUGUCAUUCACAGUGAUAAUGAGUCUUCUUCACUGCCCUCAACAGCUUCUCUUGAAAUGGUAAAGCCUUCAAGACAAAAAAGCAGCUGGCUGGAUCUAUGGGGCUGUAUGUUCAGACUGCAUAUAGAUCCUCUACGGAUGAUUCAGAGCCUGUCACACUGUGUGUGUGUCUCAGCUGGAUGGACUCGCUGUUUCUGCUGGCAUAAUGAUAAGGAAAUAGGAUUUAGCCCAGUAUUCAGUUGAGGUUUAUUUCAUCUCCUCUCUGCAGCCUCUUGUUUCCUGCAUUGGUUCUCCUCUGACGAGGAAUGAAUGGACUGUUUUUGCAGUCUGCCUGUCUGAAUGUUCUUGUUGUUGGUGCUGAAUUGAGACAACAUCAUUAGGUAAUAAGUAGACAGUAAUAUCACCACAGCACAAGACAGAAUUUUGGUGAAAUAUGGGAGAGAUCAUGCUCAAAUUACUUUAAAUGCUAUUCAAAAAAAGGGAUCAACACACUGUCUUUUUUAUAAUGAGCUGGUCUUGUGGAUAAAGUCUGCAUCUGCUGCCAUAAUUCAAGCGGAGUCAGGUGCAAAACUGAGCAGAGCUUCGUUUAAUCUGCAGGCUAGAGUACUCAGUAAUUACCACUAUUUACACAAGCUUGUGGAGAAACUUCCUGGAGAGAACUCAAGCCUGUGAUACAUUGCUGAGGUUUUGAAUACAUAAAUAUUUUGCAAAAGCGAGUCCCAGCUUGUAAAUGAUCUGCAUUCCAGCAAAUGAAUGAUAGUUACUUCAGCAGACACUGUGACUUGUUUAUUGUCACUGAGAGUGGUUAACACAAAUUAAGGAAAGUUGUGUAACUUUAAAGAAAUAAAUAAAAAAAUUAAACUAGAAGAAACCUCAUUUAGAUUGUAGCUCUGAAGAAGAGGGAGUCUCAUCAUUUGGUUUCUUUUCUCUUGCCUUUUUCUACCUCCUUAACCCAACUGUAUGUUCUCUAAGUGCAUGUUCUUACAUGAAGGGCCUUUAUUUCAAAAUGACCUCAGUAGGGAGGACCUUCCUGCAGAUUAUUACAGUGACAUAAGAGAGGAAAUAUAGAAAAAUGAGAUGUUGGAGUGUUCCCCCAACAGACACGAUCUCUUUCAGUGGUUUUGAGAGUUGAACUAAGUCAUUGUUCAGUGCUAUAUGAUACUGAAGUGUGAUAAGCUACUAUGAGUAUUUUUGUGGUCAAUCUGGCUCUACAUACGGUUUUUACUUCUCUUUUGUGAUGCAGCCUCACUCAUAGGUCAAUGUGAGAAAUCAGGAGUAAACCAUGAACUUAUAUUCACUGCGCGGCUAAAAACCUGAUUAAAAUAAUCUGUGUGUGUCACAUAUAAUACUUUGUAUUUGUUUUUAAAGGGGAUUGGAUGUGUUCAGAAGUCCCCAGUGGUCCAAAAACAUUGAGUUUACAGCCCUAGGAAUGAGACAAAUUCUAUGACCCCAAGGAUUUAUAUCUUAAUGAUUUGUGAGAAUUGCCCAGGGUAAGCUGAACUAUGAAUACAUCAUGUCAGUGUUGGGAUACAGAUACCACAAUAGUGUGUAAGAAGUGUAUGGAUCUAUUUUGUGUGUGUGUUGAAAAGACAAUACAUAAUUCAUUUUAUAAGUCGAUGCUGAACCCUGCUUCCUCUGGUCUUGUCAGUAUUCAGAUCGUGUUUUCAUCAGUCCUUAUACACCACCAAAUGUGGUUACUGCUUUGUUAGCUUAAAUGAAAUCCAAUUGGAUCAGAAACUGUAAUUAACUUGUUGUCACAGGAAUAACAGGCUUUUCCUUAGUACUUGUCCUCAUCCCACGGCGUGUUUGACUUCACAUACCGUUCCUGCUCUUGGAUCGUAUGAAGCAGUAAGUCGAGACUUGACCACCCGAGUGGAGUAACUGCACCAGCUCAGUCUCGAAGCAUCAAGUAACCCUACACCUCAUUCACCUCAGCUUUAACAACUGCCUUCUUUGUGAGGGUUUGCUGUUCACGUGUCCCUGUGUUACAUACAGUUUCUGUUUCAGCCUGAGGUAUGACCCUACAGGAAGAGACAAAGCUUCCAUGGCGACCGCCCUGCUUCUUGUCCUAAUCUCCCCACCUCACUGCACAUGCUAUGAGAGGAAGCGAAAUAUGUCCACUUUCUGCUGACUCAUGAUGAAACAAUGAUACUCCAGUAUCACUGGGCGCUGUGUCCUUGUUUGUGAGCCUUAAUGUGUUUAGAACUGUAUUUUUUUUAAAGAUUAUUUUCAGCUUUUGUGUCUUGGUUGGUGGAUCAGUUGGACACAAAGAAGAGAAAGUUGGAAAGGACACAACAGGUGCCCAAAAGGUGCUCCUUGAUUAAUGAAAGUGUCACUUACUGAGAAAAUUUCUUCUAGAAACAUAAAAUAUGGGUCUUUCUUCAGAGUGCUGAAAAUGAUCUUGUCCGACACCUAUUCUCUCACAGUGGUCAGAGGCGUUAAAAAUAUCUUCGUAAUAAUUUACAUUCCAAUCAGCUCCUAACUUGUGGUCGAGUCAUCUAAGCAUUACACAUGUAGGGUUUGAAUCAUCUAAUUAAUGUUGCUAAAAUAAUCAGGGGCAGUAUGGGAUCAGGGAUGAGGCAACGUUGUACAAAGUCCGCUAUCAAUUAUUUCUUCUUUUCCUCAAUACCAAUGAUAGUAAAAACUGGUUAAGACCAAAAUCAAAUCAAUUGUGUCCCGACAAAAGUUAACUCUUCCCAUUUUUGAUUCGAUCUUUUAAAAGCCUUACCUAACUGUCUCAGUGAUAGAGAUUUAUUGGCAAUACAAUAUUCCAAUAAAGACGAGAAACCAGUUUGACUUCCCUGUCAAAGCUAGGGCGGCAUCUUCAAGGUGGUUUAUAUCAUAACAUUUUGCGAACAUAGCUUCUCCCCAAAUAGAAACGUCGUGAAAGAGUGAAGAGAACUAGAGGAGAGCAGAGAGGACAGACCCCUGCUGUGGCAGUUCUGUGCUCUGUCUUUGUAGUGUGACAGAGCCAGCUAUCUGCCCCAGGCUUACCCUGACCCAGGUACACUUCUCCCCCCUGGGCUCACACAACCAUCCAUCUCCAGCUCUUAUCUGCUACCAGCCUGCUCCUCCGACUGACUCCACGCAAUGUGUGUACGGUCUCUGUGUUUGUGUGUCUGAGGACUCAUAGAGUGCAGUUGUUCAGGCCUGGUCACACUGAUAGCCGUAUCAACAGUUACUCCUGGCUGAUGGACUGCAGAACAACAGGCCCAGUGUUUCCCUGAGAGUGUGUGCAAGUGGGUGUGUUUGCUAAGCCAUCAGAAAUUGCAUUUCUACAAGCCACAAAUGUCAGAUACACUGUGCUCAUGUAUCUUUGGAAUGUGUGUGUGUGUGUUAUGUGUGUGUGUGUGCUUGUUGUGUGCCUGUGCGUGUGUGUGCAUGCUGCAGCCUAAUCUGCCAGAGGCUGGGAUGUGGGUCAGUGUGGCUGCAGUUCAGUGUGGAGACGGCAGCAGGAUACUGCCUUUGUGCUUACUGUGGGGAAAUGAACUGAUGAAAAUGAAAACAUGUACCUUAUAAUCCUAAAGCAAAUCACUCAACAACUUACGCUUUGUGUUUGAGAUUUAAAUCAUUUUUUUUAUUUUACAUUUAACGUAGACCUGCGACACAGUUUGUCAGCAAUCUCAGUCUGAUUAGUAAAAUGUCCAGUGGUUGGGCGUUGGGUAUUUUCACCGACAUAUUCAAGCAGUCAAAAUGAGUCUGAUUUUUCCGACAAUCUCAUGUCAGCUGUUGUGUAAAUCUAUAACCAUCUGUCUGGUGGAGCUGCUUUAGACUGUAUGCAGUGUCUGUCCUAGAAAACAUCAUUUGGGUGGUUUGAGUACAGGAAUGAGGAUUUGGGAGCAAGCAGUCUGAAUGUACAGGCAUAAACUAAACCCUAGCAUAUGAAAAUUGGGACAGCCACAAAUGCAGAUCAUUUUUCUUGGUGAUGCCUUGCUAAAUGCUUUCAGAGAUUUGAAAUAGAAUUGUGUGAUUAAUUGGGUUUCAAUUUUAAUUACAAUUUUGGCUCCUCAGGAUCUUAAUUUUGAGUGUAGGAUCCGAAAGUUAAGCUUAGCUCACGUUAUAUCAGCUGAUCCUGAGGCUAGCCCGUAUCAGCUGACAGCCCAGCUAAGAACCCUCAUCAACCCUCAUCUGCUUCUUCUGCGGUUUCUGCAACAUGUCGUUCUGCAGUAGUACAAACCAUCAUGCAGCCACAGGUGGAGAAAGGGAGAGAAGCAGAACGAGGCAAGUUUGUGUGUGUGUUCGUUCGUGCAUGCAUGCGUGAAAAGCCAAGGGACAGAGGCUUUAUGAAUUAAAAAAAGACGAAGAGUUUUUUUCUGCUUAUUCGUGUUCAUUUUCUUUCCCUUUUUAUAUUUCAAAAGAGCUCAGAGGCUCAUGGUGGAAUUCAUCAGCACUCAAAAAAACAAAGGUAUUGCUGAGCAUUUAGAGCUCACAAUGAAAGCUCGUUGGAUUAUGUAAUGUGUUUUUGUGUGUAUAGAGGAACUACUGACUUACCUGCUUAAAUGAAUUAUGAGCUGUACGUGCUUGAGUUGGAGGUCCAUGUAUGUGUACUUAGAGUUGUAUGAACGUGUUGUGCUUUUUAAAAAAUGGUGCUAUUACUGCCUUCAUAGAGAUGGUAGGACAGUGGAUAGAGUCAGAUAUUGGGAAGGGGGGAGGAUCACAUAUAAAGGGACAGAUUUGAACCCAGGUCGUCUGCCUGGAGGACUAUGGCCUUUGCACAUGGACCACUUGACUCAGCUACUGAGAUAAAUUUGCUCUGGUCUGUCAAAGCCAGAGGUUAAUAUGGACUCGGUGUGCAAACAGACGGGUAGGUUGCAUAUACAGCUAAUAGAGGAUGUCUCAUAUGUUGACAAAUGAGUUUCGCUGCUCUGUUUGAACAGUGAGAUUUAAAAAAGCCAUUCACUGCUGAGAGAGAGGACUACAAAUGUGCUUUUUGUUGUGGUUGAAAAUAGAUAAAUACAUUUUGUGUGACUCAGUGAGCUCAGCUCAGCAGAUAAUGUGAGGUCUCCAGAUGUCUGCUGCUGCACAUGUAUAAUUUCACCCUAAUUUUGUGCUCAUUAAAGUUGUGUUACAUUAAAAGCUCUUACUCUGCCUUGUAGGGAAAGAGGUUUAGUAAUGUUUUGGAAGUGUGCGCAGUUAAAAAGCAGACUUUGCCCUCUUAAAAACCCACAUGCUUACAUUAAUAUUCAUACCCUUUCUUGGUGUGAUCUCAAAUUUAUGCUAUAAGAUGAUGAUAAAGCACCGUUAGUGUGGGUGAAGUGAAUAAAGGUUGUCCCAUACUACAUAAAGGGUUGAUUGUGUCAUUUGUUUUAGCAAUACAGUUUCGACAUUCAUAAAUUUGCUUAAUGUGAAAUAACUUUUCAGGGGCAUCUUCAAAUGCUUCUUUGGACACCUUCACAUUAUGUAUAUUUUGCAAGUUACGCUCCUCUGACUUGUGUGUUUUUCUGCUGCUGUAUGCGCUGCAACCACUCAAGCUUAUCUGACACAUUGAACACUGUCACUGUGACGUCAUUUUAGAGAUGCAGCACGAUGAAUGACAAGUUGGCUUUCUAUUGCAAAAAAUACAGGUGUUUCGCAAGAUUGUUACUGACAAGGGGUGGGAGAAAAAAACGAUUCACAUAAGUAUGUGAUUUUUUGUUUUACAACUUUUAAAUCGAUUUUUAUGUUCAAAAAAAAAUUUUUUUUUCUUUCAAGUUUACAAAUAAAUCUUGUAAACUGACUUACAUGUAAUGUGUAUUUUUGGGGGAAAUAUGGUUCCUGGAAUAUUCAGUAGACAAUCGUAAUCAUUCAACUGUUUUACUAAAAAAAAAUCGACAAUAUUGUAGAAUCGCAAAUUAAAUGGAAUCUGCAUCCAAAAAAUCAUAGAAGAAUCGAAUUGGGAAAAAAGCAUAUCGUCCCAGUCCUGUUACUUACACAAACACAUUUGUUUUUACUUCACAAAAUAUAGUAUAUGAUAAAUAUACUGCAUGUUAUAUAUAACGUACAAGAAAAGAAGAAGAUUAAAAUAAAGGCUGCAGUGAUUUCUUUUACCAGUUCAUUUAUUGACCAGCUUUGGAAAGGUCUACAGCUGCAGUUUGCUCCUAUGUCACUAGAGGAUGAGAUUUACUCUGGAGAGCAGCUAGGAAGUUUCUCCUCGGUUGGGAAUGUUUCCUGGAGCAUUUGAACACACAGCUUGGGGCAUGCACACACUUAAGCUUGAUCCUGUUAACACGGCUGCUGGCCAGAGCAGAGACAAGCCGCCAGAUAGGGAACUGAGAACAAAUCACACGCCUCCAGAUGUCACCGAAAACACACAGAGAUAAAUGGGAAAGUUUGCGGCUAAAUCUGUUCUGUGUAAUCAGUCAGGACACAGAGGGGGGAAAGGUACAGUGUGUUUGUGUGUGUGGUUAUUGUCAUCCCUGUCAGGCCCUUCACCAGCAUACCCUCUGUACCCUCUCCUCUACAUAAACAGGAAGCUGAUCUGUCUUUCUGAUACUUGUUCCUUUCAUGUGUCCUUUUAUAUUCUCUGGUACUCCCUCUUUGUUUUUCUUCCUACAGACCCCCUCCCCCCCCCAGUGAGUUUGUACAGUAGAUCUCGAGAGUGACAGGUCCCCUGCUCCCAUAGCACAUCCUUAUUAUAGAAAGUAAAGCAAGCUCUUUUGUUUCAUCUAGGUUAAGUGUGACAUAUUGGUGUCCAGCUGCUUCUUACCUAUUUUUCUUCAUGCUCUAUUCCUGGUAUUCCUGUCCUCCUCCCUGGGCUUCCCCUGGAAAGCUGUCAGAAAUGUUGAGCUACAGCUUCACUUGCAUGCGAUGCUGCUAUUGCCAUCUUUUGUUACUUUUCCUCUAGUCCCUAUUUAGCAUGGAUUCAGCGUUUGUGCGUGCAUAAGGGACAGCAGGGUCCUCUGGGCCUUCCUUUCCCACACCACUGGAGACAUGAGGUGAGUGAGAGCUGGAGGCCUGCCUGGAGGUGGAGGUGCUGUUGGCACAAGAUUGACAGAGCACUGUUUGUUGUUGUCAUCCUUGGACUCCCUCUGUUCCAACAUAUGCAACAAACGGAGUCACGUUACACAUGUAGAAACCCUUGCUGGGAACACACAGACACACACACACUAUGCUUACAGCAAGCUAUCACACAGUUUUGAGAAGACACCUUUCUUCGUCUCCCCUCUUUCCUCAGUGUCUUUCCCUGGCAGUCUUAACAGUUUUGUUUUCUGCUUCACCAUGGCUGGCUGGUCACGCUAUUCAUGCUGUGCUUGGGGAAAUUGUGAAAGACUGGUUUGACUGUCUGUUAGUUAAGGCUCAGCCCACACUUCUCUAAACUGUUGAAAAGGAAGGUUGUUUCAGGGCUCCUCUACUUUGUGGCCACAGUUCUGCUUCGAAGGCCUGACUCUCACUAGUUUAAACAUGCCGACUUUAUGUUUCAAGGUGCCGCAAUAUAAAUCACAACCCGUAUUAUGUGUGUGCUGAUGAUGUGUGACUUUACAGAGAGAGAAAAAGCAUGUGCAUGCUGGCAGAGAUUUCAUCAUAAGCACACCCAUGAGCUCAUCCUCACUUCUGGAUUUGUUAGUCGGUCUCGCUGGUUGUUUUUUGGACGUAUGUCAGGAAUUACGUAGGUUUGGACUGAAUGGAAAGAGGCCUGCGUGGGAGAAGAGAUAGACUUGGCAGAUUCACUCAAGGAGGUUUAGUUUGGGUCAUAGAUAGAGGCAACAGUAGGGUGGGAUAAUGAGGACUGAGUCCUUUGGUUCUCAUGAGUUUUCAGUAUUGAUUCUUCUCAGCUGGUCGCAGCUGGAGAGAAAAUAAGCAAGCAAGACAAGAAUUAAGUUAAAGUCAUUCAGAACCAGUUUGUCUUCCCCAGGGAUAAAUAAAGUGUUCUGAUUCUGAUUCUGAUCUGCUUUGGAGGUCAGUGUGGGUACUGAGACCAAGGCAUCAGAUUUUAUCGGUACAUUUCUGCAGAGAUUGGAUGUUUUAGAGUUUAGAAAACAGUUGGUUCAGUAAAAGUGAUGACCAGGUCAUGAGUAUUUUCAGGGAUGUCCUCAUCAGAACUGCCGGAUCAGAGCUGAUCUUGGUGUUUUUUGUUUUUUUAAAAAUUCAUUUGGGAUCAGCAGUUUGAGCCCAUCAUUUACGUCAGCUGUCACUGAGCACAGUCUGUGGCAAAACACUUAUGUUCACCUAACUGUAUACUCAACAAGAAAAUAAUAAACAGAAUAGGAAUGUGGAAUAUGUGGAGUUAAUACAGUAAUUAAAUUAUUUUAGUUUUUAAUUAUUGAAUUUGCCUUCGGGAUAAAUAAAGUUAUUCCUAAUCCUCCUGGGACACAUGGUUCAAAAGUUAAAGACGUAAACCAAACAUCAGGACCAGUGGCUGACCGAGCACAAUAGCCACUGCUGAUCCAGAUUGUGAGAGAGUAGGUCAGCUGAUAUAUGAUACUGAUAACACAUCGUGUUUGUUUUUUGUCUACUUAUUGUUGAUUUUUUUUGUUUGUUUUAGUUUUGAUAAAUUCAUCAAAUUAGUUAUUGUGCUUCAUACUGACAAAUUGAUCACAAAAUUCUUUAACUUAAGUUUUUGAAAUAGAUGAAGAUAAAAAUAUUUUUUGUUUGAAAAAGUAUUGCUGCUGUGACUGAUGUUAGUCUUACAACAGACUAGGAAUGGGCAUUUUGAGAAAGUCCCUUGAUCGAUUAUAUUAUAUUAAUUAACAAUCAAUCAUUGAUUGAAUUAAAAAAAAAUAAGCAUAAAAGUGUUUUUCCUCAUUGAAAUCCCCACUACCACCACCAAGCUGUUGUUCAGCACUGCGCACUACAUGCUCACUUGCACUUCCUACCUGCCUGGCUGCCGUGAUAACCGUUGUUUUUUACUCAUUCAUGAGAUGCUAAAAUCUAGGACAUUUCCUGGGACAACUUUAGCCUGGGACAGGUCAGCCUAAACUGGGACUGUCCCAUGAAAUCGGGACGACUGGUCACCCUACAGAUCCUUCUUGACAGAGAUCACCUCCAGAUCAGCAGAGGUUGAUCUUUGCUGGAAAACAGCUGGAGGAUGCACACUGUCAAGCCUUUUUAAUAAGGUUAGAUCGUUCUAAAUAUUGCGUGAUCGACAUAAUUCUUGGUAAAUCAAUCAUCGAUUAAUCAUGCCCAUCCCUACAACAGCUGUUGGAGCCCUAAUGUUUGUCUCAUGCCAUUCCUCAGCCUAACUGCACCUUAAUGCCCAAUGUUUACAUUCUUGGUCAAGUCAAGCAGCCAGGAGCGGCCUCCUGCCUGGAGUUUAAGUGUGCAGUAUUGCAUUGCAUACCAGUUUGGUGGGUCUCAUACAGCAGAGCAUGUAAAACAGAUCGUACUGCAGUCCUGUCAACCUGCAGUCGACUCAGUAGCAGACACACACACACACACACAGUGUAUUUCUGUAGUGGAUGCUUGAGUCAGUGAAGUGUUUGUCAACAUAAUGUCAUGUACCGCUGGCAUACCUCACUGUUUGGACAGGUUCAUCUCUGCUCACUUGCGUUGCAUUACACAUCUGCUUAAGUGCCCAUCUGUUCGCCUAACCGCUCAGGCAUUACAUCUUGAGGUGUGUGCCUCUUUGUGUCAAACAUGUGCAGCAGUUUAUAUAACCACUACUUUCUGUGGCUCAAAAAGGACAGGGGGCCAGGGUUUACAUUUAUCAAAAAAGCAAUUCACACCCCGGUGGCAGGAGUGCUGCGUUUGCUGCAUGUAACUUGGAAGACCUCCCAGCUUCACCGCAUAGCUGGAGACGAGCCCAGAAAAGCACACAGACAUGCAUAUCUCCCUUUGUUAAAAUUCAAAUGUGUUUUAUUCUCAAGACAGUGAGAAAGUACAGUAUUACAAAACCAUGAUGUUCACGUUUUGAUCCCUCAGUCUCAGCGUGUUCAAUUGUCUUCGUCUUUGUGGUUGCUCUUUUGUUGGGUUUCCUUCCUAGCGCUCAUGUAUUGUCGACAGCAUGAGACGAGCAGACACAGAAUGUGAAAAAGACAAGGUUUUUGCUAUGCUGGCAGAGAGAGAUGGGUUGCUAUUUGCACUGUAGCGUUGCGUGUGGUUUCUGUAGGUUUCUCUUGUAAUUCGUCAGGGGAAUCUCAUGAGUAUUUAUAGAAGCUUUUGCUCGUCCUUCCUCCAAUUGGCAGAUGGAUAAGGUUCCACUCAAACUUUGUGGCCGUGCGAGUGAGAUAAAUAAAGGACUAAUACAGAAGAGAAAGAGAGACAGUCUGACAUAUGUGCGUUAGAUGGAGGGAGAGAGUGACAGACGGAGAGUAAAAGAUGCAGCAAGUGAGGAGUUAUGACUCACCCUGGAAGAGAUACUUUGAGAGGCCAGGAUCCUUCUCAUACUGAGGCAUACCUGCACUGCAGUACAGCCUCCUCAGACUCACUAGUGCAGGAGCGUGUGGGCUGGCAGGAAGAGAUUAAUAGUAUUAAUAGGUUAUUCUUUUUUUUUUUACAAACUCCUAAUAUGCACACAGGCUGAUGCACAGCUUGGUAAUAUGAAAUCCCACCGGACCCAGCAAUGGCUUGGCUUUGAAGUAGGCCAAGGACCAGAUUGAAGGACACACACGUACACACGCAUAAGCCCAAACUGAGUCAUAUUCAUUCUCAUCUUCAUUCUCUGUGGAUUUUUCAAAAAUAGCAGAUUAAUCCUGUGAAAUGAGCAGUUCUGAGAAUCCGUCAGUUGUCCAUCCCCAUAUUACUCUGUCUUCUCCCUCUCUCUUUUCAUCCCCCCUCCGAGGCUGCUGGAGUCUUUGGCUGGGUUUGACCUUUGGGUUGGCGUGAACGGAGGGAGGAUGAUGGAUUUAUAUCAGAACACAAAGAGAUACGGGGCUGGGCUGACAAAUGUGAAUGAUUGACAGCUGGAAACAUGCAUGGUGACACUGUGACUCCGACUGUGUGAUUAUGUGAGGGAGAUGAGUGUUAUUACAGUGCGUGCGAGCCAGGAACUAUAUGAGAGGCUAUUGACUGACAACUUCUCUUGGGCCUCCCUGUGGCUGCAGAGCGAUUUUACAUCCCUGAGCUGCAGAUCGGGACGCUCGCUGUCUCUUUUCCAAGCUAUUGGGUAAAACCACAAUCCCUGAUGUAUGUGCUGUUACUGUAACGCUUCAUUGAUGAAUGAAAGUGAGACAAAGCUCCUUGAGGAUAUUUUCUGACUUUGAAUCUCUGUGUGUCGAGAUCACCCGAGGAUUAGGAAUUUAUAUUUAACUGCUUAGCAUGCGCGCUGCUGGCUUUUCACACAGCUGAACAGUGUUUAAAGUCUGUGUCUGUUCCUCUCUUGUUCAAGGAGCAUGUUUGAGUGACGAGACAAGGAGGAAGUGGGAUCUCUGACGCUCCGCCCUCCAGCUGGUGGAGCAUCCUGCACAUCUGACCAGAGACCCCAUAGUCACCUGAACAGGUAUGUGUGUAAAUGUAUAUCAUGCAUUGGAGCAUUGGGUUAAAUAUGCUUCAUGUGAGCUUCUUCAGCCAUUUUGCACAGACCAGGGACUGCGUUCGAGUUACCUCAGAAGUCAGAUGUUGGAGCUGAAAAUAAUGUCACUGAGUUACCAGCGUUUCAGUUACCAAGUCGGAAAAAAGCAAAAUCGGAGGCCUGACACAAGAUGGCUACAUCUAUGAAAGUUAUUUUAGCGCUUGUCUUUUGUUCGGACAAGGCAAGAGCUAAAAUAACUUUGGUAGAUGAAGUCAUCUUGUUUCCACCCCUGAUUUAGCUUUUUUCCGACUUGGUAACAGAAACACUGGUAACUCAGGUGUGACGUCAUUUUCAGCCCAGACUUCUGACCUCUGAGAAAACUCGAACGCAGAAUUAGAUACAGAAACAAGCACAAUCAAAAAGGAUGAAGAACUGCCAUGCUUUACAUCAAGUGUCGUAUAUACUGCAGGAUAUGAAAGGCAGUACGGCUCUGAGGGUCUUCCUAUUCCCAAAGCAAAGUCCACAAUGUGCAGCUUUUGUGCAGCUGUGUAGCUCUUGGUUAUAACUUAUCUUUUUUUUCCAUGCAGAGUUCACAAUUCAGAAACAUUAGUUAGACUCAGCCUCGGGUAGAGUUAAGAGCUGUCAUUGUAAAUGUUAAAAUAAUUUUUCAAAUUGAACCGAUGUUGGUACAAGAAAAUUAAUCUCCGAAAGUAAAACUCUAUUAUUUAGACAAGUUGUCACGUUGAGACACAUGUUCUCUGUAUUCAAGAGAAACCCAACAGCUGCGAAACAACACAAAAUUUCAAUCAGAUAGGACCGGCAUCACACCAACAAAGUAGAGCUUAAUGUUUCUCAAAAACAAGAAGUACGAGUGGUAAGUGGUAGUGAGAUUAAUAAUACAUUGGGGUACGUGCUUUAAAUACAAUUGGGCAAAUUUUUAUUUAAUGCAGUACUCGUAGAGCUCAAACAUGCACAUGAAUGAUGUUCUAUCAUCUGAGAAAAGCAGAAGAGCUUUUUUAACUUUUUGACAUCAGUUCUUUGGUGUCUCCUCAAAGCUUUCCCGGAACCAAUAAAACCGAAUAAUUCAAACAGCUGGUUUAAGAGGAACCAGAGUCAGUUUGAAGAACACAGCUCUUAUUUGCUCAUGGGACUGUUAAAAGAUUCGGGUUAAGAAAUUUAAGGCAAAAUGCAAUGUGGGAGGCUUGUAUUUAAAAGCUAAAGCGAUGGGUAAUGAGGUGCCUGUCACAUUUUUUACAUUUUUGGGUGGAGAUAAAAGAGCUGGACUGUUUAAGUGGUAAGUAAGCGGGGAGAUCCCGCUGUGAAGCCAGAGCCCCAUAAAUCCUGCCUGCUUGGCACUAGUGCUGGAAGGUAGCAACUCUUAAGAGCGGCCCAAAUAUGGUCAAAGCCAGGUAAAGUACCUCUUACUGUAGAUACGAUGAUUUGAUCAACUGUCUGUAUGAAAGCAUACCAAUUAUUUUAGUAACAUACGUUUUUUUGCGGCAAAAAAAUCAGUGACAGCGGUGUCAUGACCACCUCAGCAUCAUGCCAUGUCAGGUGAAAGUAAGAGAGAGGAAAUAUGGAGAGAGAAAGUGAGCUAAAGAGCUGUUAAAUGUAUAAUAGCAGCACACUGGCGUCACACAUCUAUACAUGCCCACUGCUGUGGUUUGUGUUACCUUAUGUGUGCUGUAAAUGUUUAUUUUUUUGAAUGUGCUUUGUGUAGCCGUGGUGUACUGCAUGAGAACUAGCUGGGUUCUCUCCAAUGACUAGGGAAGCCCCACUGUGACAAUAAUGUGUAUUGAUUUUGUCCGAAAAUGCCUGAGCAAUUGGAGAUUGAAGUAUUUAAUUCCACUUUGUGCCUGUGCCAGGCUGUUGACUGGUAAUCAAUGUCAGCUGGGACUUGAAAUUUACCACAGGCAGUACUCGGUGUUUUUCUUUUGGCCUUCGUAAAGAACUUUGUUUGGCUGCCUCAUUGUCUUUGUUUUUCUUCAUGACUCAGUGUUACUCAGAGCUCAUGACUUCUUUUGUUCAGAUCUAUUAACUUUGAGAAUCCAAAGUUAUCCACCUGUAGCUUACCAGAGCUUUACUCCUCUAAAGUUGAACCUAUGUCUGAAGAAGUUUAGACAGAUGUGUGUGCUCUGUUCCCCAUAAUGAACUCAGUCUAACAGUCUGUGUCUGGCUCCCCUUCCUCUUUUGGAUCUGUCUAUGUUGCAUAAUCAAGGUUUUGACUUAAAAAGAAUUGACCCCUCUAUUUUUACCCAGAGUGACUAUGUGCCAUGGCUACACCAUAGAAAGCAAUGGAUACAAGCAGCAUCUUUUCCCCUCCCUAGAAUCAGGCUGCGCCUCUACUUAAGCUAAGAGGAAUUACAACUAUGCAAACAUAUCACUACACCCAUCAGCUUUCAACUCUGUCAAGCCCACAAGACCCACUAAGUGCUUUUUGACUUCAAUGGCACUUUCUUUGGUUUUAUUAUUAAAGAUGCACCACAACAUACAUUUGGUGAGCUUGUUUAUGACAGAGAAAGAUAAUCAAAUAAAGUUGUCUGGUUUUGUUAAGAAUAAACUGUGUUAAAGGGAUAUUCCGGUGUAAAAUUAAGUUAGGGUCAAACACACCGUAACACCGAGUUAGACACCCCUUCGAGAGAUGAAUGUUGCCGACCACUUGCUUCUCUACUUUUACCAACUUUAGUAACGACCACAGCAAUACAGAGAGCCACACGCACAACCAAAACGCCACUCUAUAGCCACAAAUAAUGCUCAGAACAGCACCUAACUUCAUCAACAGGAUAUAUAGGGUCCCAGCCACCAAACAUCUUUUAUACUUUGCCUGAUUUCUUCAGCAAAGAGACUAAAUACAACUCACCUACUCUCUUCCAGCAGCCACUUGUUUGUAUAGAGACCCCCGGGUAAGUCCAUCGACUGCAGGGGGGGAUGCAGCUCAAGGAAGAACAUUUAUGAUCAUUUCUUUAUGGAAAUGCAAUCACACUGAACUGCUAAGGCAGAAGAACUACCGCGUCUGCAGUCCAAAAUGAUUAAUAUGGUGAUUAUAACUUCAGAGAAUGAUAAAGUAAUGAUCAUAAAUGUUCCUCCUUGAGCUACGUCACCCCGCUGCAGUCGAUGGACUCGCCAUGAGGUCUCCGUACAAACAAGCAGCUGCUGGAAGAGAGUGGUUGAGUUGUGUUUAGUCUCUUUGCUAAAGAAAUCAGGCAAAGCUAAAAAGAUGUUUGGUGGCUAGUGCUAUGACUGGGACCCUAUAUGUUCUGUUGAGAAAGUAAGGUGCUGUUCUGAGCAUUAUUUGUGGCUAUAGAGUGGCGUUUUGGUUGUGCGCGUGGUUCUCUGUAUUGCUAUUCUGCGGUCGUUACUAAAGUUGUCAUAACUAGAGAAGCAAGCGGUCGGCAACAUUCAUCUCUCAACGGGGUGUUUCACUCGGUGUUACGGUGUGUUUGACCCUAACUUAAUUUUACGCCGAAAUAUCUCUUUUAAUAGUGAAUAAUAAAGCAGAACAAACUUUGUGUUGAGUUAUGACACCAUGACUCUUCAUUGCUCCUUGCUUCGAUAAAUUCUAUCUCCCUCCCGUCUGCUUCAUUUUCUUUAAUACACAUAUAAACACAAACUGCCCAGAAGGGAGUCUCCUCACUCCCAGUUCUUACUUGUCAAGCUCUCAGUUACCCUUACACCAGACUUUUUUUUUUUCCAAAUGGUUGUGAGAAAAAGUGGUUGUGCAAUCUCUAUAGGGGGAUUAAGCCUGAGGUGGAGCGGGGAGGAGGGGGAUAUGUAGAGCGACACAGAGGAGGAUGUGAAGGGGGAAAUUGUGUUCUUGUCGGGGUGUAGUGAUGGCAACCGCUCUUGAAAGGAAACAGCAUCACUAAGAGAUGUGGGAGGAGGAGGUGGUGGAGCAGGUUGGCGGGGGUGGGGGUUGAAAAGAGAGAAAGAGGGUGGGAUACCAAAAUGGAGAUAUAAAAGAUGGAUAGAGGGAAUGUGAUUUAUCAAUGGAUCCGGGAUAUGGAUAGCCGGAGAAGUGUGCGUCUGUUUAAUGUCAAAGGGAGCUAUGCUGUUUACAAAAGACUUCAAAGACUCUAGUGCUUAACAUAAACUAGACUGACACACACUCUUCACACACACAUACGACACACACAGUAAAGCACGACCCGGGGCUGUGAGGGUGAGCGCAGAGGAGACCUGAGGUGUCCACUGCCAUGCCUUAUUAGAAAUACAGUGAGCGGAGCUGUAAAGCAGAGAGACAGAAGUGCUUGCGUAAAGUCAAUGUACAUGCAUAUAAAUCUGUUGUUGCUGCUGCUGUUUGGAGUGCAGCUGUCUGCUCCUGUUACUCUCACUGGGAUCUAAUAGCACCCUAGGAAACUAGCUGACAUCUCUGUGACAGCAUUGUGACAAGUUUGUGAGCAAGAGUUUAUAUGUUUGUGUGAUGAAGCGCUUCCAUGUCAGCGCCUGUCUCUGCUCGAAUGUGCUGAUCUAAGUUUGGCAUGUGUAUCUAGUUCUGCUGGGAAAGAUACCAGUAAAGUUGGGGGGAAAAAAAGUGGCCUCGAUGUUCCUUCUGUUGAUAUCAGAUUGGGUCAUGUUGCUGCACAGAGGUCAAGCGAGGCCGGCAUGAUCCUGCAGAUGUUGGAGAGGGAAGGCUGAAUUUUCAAGCACCCCGCUGAUCGUGGAAUUUUAGGAAUUUAUGAGUGGAGCCGUGCAAACAGUGAAACAAGCAAUUUGAUUAAUUCUGUGAGGAUAUCCGGUAGAAGAAGUGAAUUCUCCAGAUGGUUUUAAAGCAGGAAAAUACCAGGCCGGUGUUGUUUAGUGUCUUUCUCCCUGCGAUGUUGGACAAAGCUGGCUUUUAGCUCGUAUUUGAGUUAUUCAGGGAAGCUGUGAACACUGAAAAUUGACUGAAGCUACACACUGAACUGUGUCUCACAGAGAGUAGAGAGUUUAUACAUCAAAGAAAGUAGAUAAAUAAAAAAAGCAAGAGUGAAAGCUCUGGUAAGAUACCGUGACAAACGAUACAGCUUGACAAUUUAUAGCACUCAGCUAUCACCCACACUCUCUCAACACUUACUGCACUAGGAGUAACACAUAUGUGUGAACCAUAACAACAGUUUGGGGUGUGAACACGCUGAGCUAAUCGCGAUCGAGACAGCACAGAAAUCAGAGAGGUAUUUCUGUCUCCUCUAGUAUAAUUGCACAUUUACCUCCAGCAGGUUAUCGGAUGCAGGUACUGUCACUCAGUAAACCGAGACGCAACAUUAGAAAAUGAGAUUACAAGCUGUUAAUGUUCACAAAUGUUAACUUACUACUGUUUCAUCAGAACCAAACAUGAUAGGGAUUAUACUUAAAUACAUAUAUACAUGAAAUACAUUCACUUUUACAGAUAGGAGAUUUCAAUUAUGAAUUAACUCUCCACUUAAUUUUGACAAAUUAAAGUGUGUUACAAGCAAAACCUCUUUGGUAGAUAGUGAUAAAGUAGGGGUGGGAGAAAAAAUUGAUACAGCAUAGUAACUUGAUAUUUUGUCUGGUGAUAUAUCGUAUCGUCUCAUUCAUCAAGUAUCGAUUUUUUUUUAAAUUAAAUUAUAUGUAGCCAAAUCUUUGAUAAUGGAAAAAAAAAUCAACUGUUUGUCCAGUGAGGUUGGCAGAGGUGACGUCAUAGAGCAGGAGAAACGGAGAAUGUACAACAAACAUGGCAGCACCUGGGGAAGGACGUUAGGAAUGCAAGCUGGGCACAAAUGAGAUGGACCUGACACAUGAGGUUUGAAAGAUGUGCUACAUGAAAACAAAAUACUGUGUAAAUAAGACAAACAUAAAGGAAAGCCAAAUAAUAAAUUAGCUAAACAGUUGAAAAAUUGUAUUAAUCGCAAUAAAUUGUCUUGCAAAAUGUUAAAAAUCGCAAUAAUAUCAUAUUACGGCGCAAGUAUCGCGAUAAUAUCGUAUCCUGGGUCCAUUGGUGAUUCCCACCCCUAUGAUAAGGUAGACACAGUUAACACUUAGAGUGACAAACGUUUCCCUUGGAGUUCAUAUUUUCAGUUAUAAGUCAAUCCAAAAGUAUUUGGACCUACAGGUUUCAAUAACCUUUGGAAAUUACUCAUUUCAAUUCCUAAAAGCUAAAAAUUCUGUUCUUAAAUUUGAAACCAAAAUAUUUUGAGAACUGGCACAAAAAGUAAAGCAGCUGACAGCCUGAAACCAGACACUGUUUGUUUUUUAAUGAUGAUCAAUUAUGAGAAUAUAUAGAUAUAUUUCCUAACUCAGGACUAUCUGUAAAGAUGUGAAUUAAAUGUUGUAAUAACUCUAAAAGAUAAUCGUAAGAUAAAGAAUACACAUUCAUCGCAGGAUUCAAAUGUGUCUAAAACUAAUAAUACAGCUCCGUAGGUAAAGAGAAGAAAUGAGAAGUGCAGGUAAGAGCUACAGUCAAAUGGUCUGAUGUCAAACUGACUCAGACUUUUAAACCAAAGGUGAACAACUGUGAGUUUGUUUUGCUGCAUUUCCAUUGACCGGAUUGCUUUCGAGGAAUCAAAGACUGUGGCAGGAACUUGGUGGUUUAACUUUUUGAUAUAUCUAAGCAUGUAUUAGUAUGGACUUUUUCCAUAUUGUGCAUGCUGAAGGUUCUUGGCUUUGACUGGUCUGAACAAGUUAAAUUCACAGUGUCACAUCGUUCAAACUUUUGGCCUCAGCGAGCACCCAAGUCUGUGAAAACACAAACUCUGAGAGAACAGAUCUACACUUUCAUUUCCUGCUGUGCCCACACUUUGUGCUUCCAGAAUCCUAUCAGGUAGAAUUUAGAAACGCUGCUCUGCACUUCCCCAUCCUUUGUGGCUGUUAUGCAAAGCCAAACUAAGCUAAGCUAAGCUAGCUGUGCACAAACACCGUCUUCUUUUUUCCUCCUGGGAGAACGAGUGAAAUCACCAUGGCCAAAUUAAUUUCUCCCUUCUGCUUGUGCUGUUGCAACCUGAGGGAUCAGUGAGGCAGAGAAUCAGCCAAAGAGAGGAGAGAUGGUGCUGGAGGAGAGAAGGAAAGGAGAGCAGGGGAAUUUUAAUGUGGCUGUGUCUGACUCUCACUGCCUGCCAAAGAAAAGCAAUUACUAUCACAGCUCCCUCUCUCUGCUGUGUGUGUUUCUGUGUUUGUGUGCUUACCUGUGAGUGUGUGUUUAGCUGUAUGCAAGGAUUCUGUCGUAUGCUGAUCAGCUUGUACACUGCAGCACGUACAGGAACUCAGAUAUUGUGACUCUGCUUUGAGAGCAGCUCGAGCAUUGUUUGGAUACCACAAAACAUCCUCUCCAGAAACACAACAGUCGAUUAUCAUUGUGCUAACAGUGAUUCCACACAAAAUAAACUAAUUCCUGUUUGCUGCUACAUAAUUUACAAAUGCCGUCAAAGAUUUUAUGCUCUAAAGGGUAAGGCUCGGAACAGUUUUCACUGCAGUGCGCUGGUUUUAAGGCUCUUCUCUGAGUGUGAAGGCUUUUGCUGAUAAACAGCCGGCUGAUAAGAGCUGGGAGUAAGUCAGUCACUCACUCAGGCAUUCAGACAGACAGACGGAGAAGAGGAGGGACAAAUAGAGGCGCUGAAAUGAUACUCAGUCGUGGAGCCGUGGGAAGGAUGGGCUUUGAGUGGUGCUAGGAAAGAGGAUAAGAGAAGAAAUAAAGCGUGAUCCCCUCAUAGAGCUUUAAAAAGGCUGUGCUUACAUCAGCUCAGGACUGCUAUCACUCCUCACCUCAUCCUGUGCUUCAAUAAUUCUCCUCUUCUCUUUCUAUCUCUAUUUGCAUCUGUAGGAUGAGGAGGUUUGCCUACUGUAAGGUGGUUUUAGCCACUUCUUUGGUGUGGGUGAUGCUGGACAUGUUCAUCCUGCUCUACUUCAGUGAGUGCAACAAGUGCGAUAAUAUAAAGGAGAGAGGACUGCCCGGGAGAGACGGUGAGUGUGUUUUUGCCAAACAUUCAAAUCUGAUCGUACGGCAGCAUUCUCUGAUUGUCUGGUUUGUCUUUUUUGCAGAUACCCUGGCCAGGCCACGGGAUGGGCCCGGCGAAGGGGGGAAGCCUGUGGUGAUCCCCAAAGAGAACCAAGAAAAGAUGAAGGAGAUGUUUAAGAUCAACCAGUUCAACCUCAUGGCCUCGGAGAUGAUUGCUCUCAAUCGGUCACUGCCCGACGUCCGGCUUGAAGGGUGAGCCGCCUCCCUGCAGCUAAUAUCAGUCCUGUCACUUACUCUUACUCUGCUCAUCACACUCCCCUCUCCGGCACCCACUCUUGGGAAAGCCCAAACCAGUGAUGAACUAUUCGCCGGAAGCCAGACGUCUGGCCUGAAACCUGAACAAUCACUCACACAGAGAGAGCCAUUUCAUUCUGUAAAUGUAACUUUCAGACAGAGCUACCACAGAGGAUUGGUGGUAUUAGAAGAGACGGAAGUCAUUGAAAAUCCUAAGACCAUAAUUAACAGGACAGUGUGCCCUAGGAAGCCAUUAAAACAGCUAGAUAUGACAGGGUGUGGUGGCCUGAAAGAACCCAUGUACACUUCCUGAAAAACAACAUGUCCCAUUCCAUACCAUUAUCUGAUGGCACACAAUAUUUACUUUAUUCUAACUGUCUCCAUGUGCCGUUCCUGGUGUUUCUGAACAUGGGAAAAAAACAACACAUUGUACAGUAACAAGAAAUCAUUCAAAACCAGCAGUGAUUCAUUUCACUCAUGCUGUGAGUCCACAAUACACUAGUGUUCAGUUUAUCACUUACAGUUGUGAGCAGCCCUGUCAUUUUCUGAAGCAGUCUAUCAUGGGAAAGUACAGAACGCCUCCAAAAUCAGCCGCUUGAGCAAACUAUGGCGCCGUUACAGAUUAAUCUUUAUUGGUUCAGUGUAUUUGAUGCUCGUUGAACUCUGGUGUCAGUGUGCAAGGUCGUGGAUUUUUAGCAGAGAAUCAUGCAGUUUAAACUACAGCUGGAGUUGUUAAGGUGUCCUCUGUUUAUGUUAUCAUAGUUAUGCAGCGCUUGACACUAACUUUUUUUUCUCAAGGAGCACAUGUGCUCCGAAGUAGAAGAAGUAAGGAGCACACAAAGAACUGAAUGAAAAUUAAUCAAAUAAUGUGUGUCCUAUUGGUCGACAUAAGUACUAUUAUUUUAAAUCAAUUUUAGGUCAAUUGGUCACGUGACAUGGAAGCUAUUAAAGAAAAUGUUCAAGAUUUGCCUUUAAAUUUAACACAAAAAUUUUUAGAGGACAAAUUAGGGAAAUAAAGAGGUGUGUCUUAUUGUCCGACCUUAGUACUAUUAUUUGAAAUCAAUUUUAGGUUAAUUGGUCACAUGACAUGGAGGCUAUUGAAGGAAAACAGCCUCUUUUGAGAACAUCAACAGGUAAUUUAUUGAUGGUCCCUUAUUCAACACCCGAUGUUGACAGCGAAGGUGCAGAGUAGAUUUAACCGCGCUGCUGUUGCUUUUCCUAGUUAUGGAGACACCAUUGGAUCCGCAAUGAAUGUCCAUCGGAUCUCCAACCUAAAACUAACUUCACCGUGGUAUUUACAUGAAAAAAUAUUUGUUGCCUCAGCUGAUUUUCUUUAUGCGCACAUGAACCCCUAAAUACAUUUUACAAUUCACACACAUCUAUUUUUAGUCGCAAAUGCGAGUAAAACGGCCACACUGUGGAGUCCUGUUAUGCCUAUUUAAAGUGCAUGAAAUUGCAAUUCUAUAGUACAGCUGUGUAAGAUGUGUGUUUUUCCCUCUGCUGAGAAGAUACACUAAUUGUGAAAGCUAUUGAUGCUGAUUAGGCUGAUACUUAUCUCAGUCUUUGUCAGCUCUUUGUGACACCACGGGAUACUGAUAAGCAUAAAAAUUCAAGGACUUCCCCGUGCAGAUCAUUUUGCAACGUCAAUUUUUACAUCUCUUCUUGCUCUUGGCCUCUUUCUUAAAAAACAGUUUUUGCUGUGAUCCUGUCCAGAUCUAAAAUGUAACAAUGUGUUUGUUUUUUUGUUUUUUUCAUUCAGACUGCAUGAGCCAAACCACGGAUUUAAAAGUGGGCUUAGUCUUUACUGUGACUAUUUUUGGAAUCUUUAUUUUCUUAUACUUCUGGUGCGAGUAUAAAGCAUCAGACUCAAGCUUCUUAUAAAUGUUUAGAGGGUUUUUUUUAAAGGAGACACUGCUAGCCUGUGAUCUAAUGAGGUGACGUCAAGCUGCGGUAAUGAGUGUAACUAAAGCUGAAUAAGUCCUGACAGGUUUUGUGACAAUCCAAACUUUAUGGCUGUGCUGUAAAAAUCUAACUUUCUCAUUAAAAUUAAAGCCAAUUGGGUCACCCGAAAGAGUGAUCCUUGACUGUUCUGAAACACGUCACAUUUUGGGUGUGGAGGUAGGUCACAGUGCUGCACUUGAAAUAUAAAUUUAACCUUACACCAACUGUUCAUGACAAAAGCAGAAUUUAAUCAUCACUGCUCUGCUUCCCUCUUUACUUUGUUUAUGUCAUGCAAGGUUACUUGUGCAAAUGAUAAGGAGUUUAAUGUUACUCAAGCGUCUGCUGGUGCCAGAGGUCAUCACUUGUUCACUUUUCAGAUAGACAGACAGAAAAUGUCCGACCAGCAGACAGGCGAGCAUCCGGCCGCCAGCUUGGGAGAUAUGUCAAGGGUAGUUCAAACAGGUGUAAACCAACUCCGGCUGCCAUUCACCCCUUUGCUUUUGCCCUUACCCUUGCUUCAGAAGAAGAACAUGUAUAUAUUGAAGGUUUUAAAGGCCAUACACAGAGAGAGAGACUGAUUGACAGGCAUAAAGAGUGACAGGCAGGGGCACAUGCACACUAGACAGGCAGCAGUGAAAGAGGACAUUGAUCCGUGAAAUGGGUUUUAGUCUUUGAGCGAGAGUUGAUUACUCCUAGGUGUGUUUUCACUCAGCCGUCUCUCCGUCUAUCCGCUUUUCCAAUUAGGAGAUAAGAGAGAGUCAAUAUCAGCCAGGCAAGGGGUCUGCUGGUGAAUGUAUGCAUUUAUUUGUGUGCGUUGUGGGUACACAUGUUUGUGUAUUAGCAGCAGGUCCAGGGGAAAUUCUGAAUGGGGUUCAGGGGUUGUCAUUAGCUAAAACUUCAUAGAGGAAAGUCAAAGACUUGGUCUUUACAGGCAGGAAUGCAGCUGUUAAAAUAAAAUAACAACAGGGAAAAGGUCACUCUGAGCCUCCCAAAGCCUGUAUGUGUGAGGACAUGUGGUUGGGUGGAUCUACAGAGUCUGAAAAGACUUUCCAUGACCACACCUCUCAGAGACUUGACAUUUUCCCUUAUUGGAAUCAAGAGUGCAAUAUUUGAAUGAGGCAAACAUAUAGAUUUAUGUGCGUUCUUGUGUGUUAGUGUUUGUUAAAUGUUGCAAGAGUAAUUUAAUCAGAGCCAGUCUGCCCACCCAUCGUAACCAUCCCUACAAUCCACUGGCUGCAGAAACAGUCUGUAACUCAUUACACGGCUUCGCUGCUGCCAAAUCUCGAUCCCGACUGUUUGGGAUACACAGGACUCAAAACCACUCCUCAGUUUUCAAAUCCACAUCAUGUGACACAUAGUUACAACAUGCGUCAACACACGUUGGCCCUGGUGACACACAGGCGUGCUUGUUUUCCAUGAGCUGUGCAGCACAGAUCAUGUCUAAAGACUGGAAAGUCUGAAAUUUGAAUGUUUUUGUUUUUAAUACAGGAGAGGAAUAACGAACCGACGUGUGGAAGUUGAAAGACUCCAAGGGUGUCUCUGUUUUUGCAGUGAAUCAUCUUGUGUGCUCAUCAGCCCUCUUCACUCGCAGAAACAACACACAUGCACAGAGCACACUGAGAAUCACUGUGUGUUAUUUAAUAUGCUCCAGAGGCAGCUGCAGAAUGGAGCGUGUUUUUGACCUCCUCGCCUCUGUUGCUGAUACAUUCCUUCAGUCACAAGCAGAGAGAGAAAGAGAGGAAGCGCUUCUGCAUUCUCGAUCACAUUGAGUGAGGGAGCGAUGACGAUGGAGGAAGAGCGAUCAUAUUCUUCUUGGCUAUUGUGACAGUCGAGUCUGCCAGAGGAAGGAAGUCACAAUCCUGUUUCAGUUUGUGGAUAAAACCCGACAGCUGAGCAGCUCUCAGUGUCUUUUUAGGAAAAUUCUGACAUCAUUUGAUGUCAGAGAGCUUACAAGCAGGUAUUAUAGCAGGCUGCAGUUUUCUUCUCUCUAAAUGGAGCCAGUGUUUUUUAGUGAAAGAUGCGUCAUUUGAUUUUUGCCAAAGAGAUUAUCAUUUAUUAAGAUUUCUGUACAGAUAAGUUGUUCUACAGUAUGUGACUGAAAAGUGUUUCAAGCUGUUAUAAAGUGUUCAGUUUGGUUGCUGAGACUAUUAUGAAACACUUAAACCUGACUGGUGAAUUUAAUGUGAUAGAGGAUGACCUGGAAAAUUGUAGGGACGUCCCAAUCGGAUAUUGAUUUCCAAUAUCGGUCUGCUAUCAGCAAAAAAACGAAUAUCAGAUUAUAUCGGCCUGCAUCUAAAAUCUCUGAUAUCACUCCGAUACAAGCAGUCCAUUCUAGACUCAGCUCCAGUUCCUCUAUCUAGCAGCGCCCGGAUCCAGCAUGCAGAGCCCACGUAAUCACAACAACAGUGUGUACUACAGUACUAACAAAGUGGAAAGGAGUAGGAGUGAUGUCGACCAUGAGGCAGUAUUUUUUGUUUAAGUCCCAAAAAAGACGUCGCAGCGGAGUGCAAAACUUGUAAUGCAGAAGUUUGUGCCAAUAUCAGAUCAAUAUUGUUAUCUGCCGAUACUGAAGGCUUUAAUAUUGGUAUCCUAUCUGAAGUAAAAAAGUUGUAUCUGGACACCCCUAGAAAAUAGGGAGUAUUACUACUGUGACUUUUGAGUUCACUAUAAUAUAUAAAUAUGUGCUGAUAAUGUGAGAAUGUGUGAAUAUGUGGUGUACCUCAGACUGAAUUCUGCAACAUUGAAAUAAAACUGCCUGAGAUGUCAUCAAUCACUGAAGUCAGAGCUCUUACACCGAGACUUUGUCUUUAUUGCAACCUCAAAAUGGAUUUGGUUUAUGCCAAACUAAUAAAAAGGUUUUGCAAGUUGUAAACGGGGGCUGGGGUAGGUGAUUUGCAUAUAGUCCAAACUGUAAGCGGGUAUGACAAAGCAUUUUUAAAGUCAUUUUAACCAUAGAUUAUAGAGGUAGAUUUCCUGGAAAAAUACUGAAGAAUCCCACAAACUAACAUAGAGCACACAAACAAGCAGCAUUGAUGAGCCUUUCCUUUUAUUUUUGAACAUUCAGCACGUUGGAAAAGUUAAGCUGAGCAAGCUUCAAAUCUCCCCUAAGCUGAGUUUCUUACAACAAUCAAUUAAUCCUUCAUCAAUGGCUCCCCGGGAAGCAGAAAAUCCAUCUUAAACCCAUAAAUGUUGUUAAGAUAGAGUUCAGACAAACUGCGUGUGGUUGUUUAGAGUUUAAAUAAAUCUGUGACACACUCUUUACCUUAUUUCUUUAUAUCCACUUUCUGUGGUCUCCUGUUCUCCUCUGUGUCUUCAACAAAAGAUCUUAAAGUGGGCUGCUCUGCACAGCUAUGAUAAUGACUCACACUCUUAAUUAGCAUCACUUAUCAGCUGUCAUCAUGCUGACCUCGCUAUUUCUGUAUCGACUUUCGUCGUCUAAAUUUGGGGAUAUACGCUCGGUUUGUUCGCUCAUUACUCCCCCUCGGUUCCUUUGUUCGAAGACGCUAAAAAUAUGAUUUUUCAUGAGGCCAUAAAUGAUGAUCUGAUUAGUGCAGCAACUCCAUGACUGACUAAUGCGCUUUGGCUGAUGUUUUAGUCCUAGCUAUUUCUCUCGUUCAGCUCCAUCUCUCUCUCUCUCUCUCUCUCUCUCUCUCGUAGAUUCACUUGAGCUGCAUCUCUGCCUCGCUGUGUAGCAGUCUCUAAGAAUCAGACAGAGGCUGGGUUGUGAUGUCUCUACUCGAGUGUUUAUCUGUUUCUCUCGCUCUGUCUCUGUCAGCUCAGUUUUGUCUGCGUUCAAAGCCCACAACUUCACUCGGAGCACAUGCGGUUGUCUUUGUGUCUGUGUUGGUUAAGACACAGUUCUCACACUUCCUCUUCCUGAGCUGUGUUUUGUUCAAUCACAUUGACAGUGUGUUUCCCUUUCUGUAUAGGAUCAAGUGUUCGCUUUGCAUACAGAGGCUUUGUAUGCAAAGAUACAUGAAGUAUCCAUGUGAGAAGCGUGUUUCUGCCUCUAUUUGAUUUAUGUUUUCUUUCUGCAGGUGCAAGAACAAGUUAUACCCUGACAACCUUCCUCGUACCAGUGUAGUGAUUGUAUUCCACAACGAGGCAUGGAGCACACUGCUACGGACCGUCCACUCCGUCAUCGACCGCUCCCCGCACACACUGCUGGAGGAGAUUGUCCUAGUGGACGAUGCGAGUGAAAGAGGUAUACACUCAAACACACUGCAGAUAAUUCCAUCAGCGCCCGUGCCUCUUGUUUGAGGCUUAGCCUAUUUUUUUAUUUUUUUCAGGAGCUCCUGUAUGAUUUUACCGGGUUAGUGUGUGUGUGUGUGUGUGUAUCUGAAAGUGUGUUGGCGGAGAUACCCAAUAGCCAGUCAGCAUAUAUGAGUUGUGUGUGCCACUCCACCCUCUGCAAUGCUGCUAAUCCCUGUUUGGGGGAGAUUAGGUCUUUAAUUCGCCAGCCGCAGGGAUUACACUCUGUUAUUACCCUCAAUCCCCCCCACACAUCCUCAAGCCGCUACCACACAGCGCCAUUUAACCCUGUGGGCCCUCAGGUUAGAGUGUGUGAGUCAGAGGGGGUGAAUGUGAGCAUGUGUGUUUGGGGUGUGAGCUCGGUGCAGGUGUGAUGUAAGCAGACAUGCUGAGACACAUUCACAUAAGCAGACACCUACCUUUUGAUCUCUGUUGUAACCGAGGGGAACACUGAGGGAGUCUCUGUGUGUAUAUUCAAAUCUUCUCUGCAGUAAUGUGUUUUUUUUUUUUAUCGUGAAGACUUCCUGAAGCGGCCUCUGGAGCAGUACGUCAGGAGGCUGGAGGUUCCUGUCAGAGUGGUGAGGAUGGAGCAGCGCUCUGGACUUAUUCGCGCUCGCCUUAAGGGAGCGUCCAUCUCCACCGGCCAGGUGCGUUUUUGUGUGCACAUGUGUGACACCCUCUGACCACUGACCUAAUCUCCAUAUGGUGUGUUCACUGUUUUUUUUUCUUAUGUUUUCUCUCUGUGCUUCUAGGUCAUAACCUUCCUGGAUGCUCAUUGUGAAUGCACAACAGGGUGGCUGGAGCCUCUGCUGGCACGCAUAAAGCAAGACAAGUACGACGCGCGUUCGCAUAGACACUGCAAAGACACACACACACCGACUGCAAGCCUAAAAAAAAAAAUCAAUAAACUAUGUUAAGCUUGCAGGGGGCCUGCCCUUGUGUUUAUUUGAUGCUUAAUUACUCAUUCUCUGUUAACUGCUUUACCCAAGCAGGUACUCACAUCCACACAAUAACAAAAACACACACAAACACACACAAGGCCCUAUCGUAGACCCAGUGCGGGGCGAGCAGAGUGCGGUGCAUCUGUCUUUAAUAAGUGCUGACUGCUGCAGUCAUGGUCAAAGAUUUUGUCCAUAGAUAAAGAUCUUUUGACCAUUUUGAUCGAUCAUGUUGCACCACAAUUUAUACAGUUGAUGUGUCAAUUGAUUUCUGAACUGACAAUAAAAACAAACUUGUUUAAUGUUUAUUUGCUAUAUAAGCUUAUAUGACAUAUAAGUGCAGGUAGACAGUUAAAUUAAUGGAGUAGCAGAUUAAGAGACAGCCGUCGUUCUAACACUCUCAGCAUUGUGUGGCUGUUGCGGUGUUACCAGAUUACAAGAACAUGCCCACAGCCAUCUCCUCCCACGCCUGCCUCACCUCAGGGAGCUUUGCUGGAUCCCUGCUCUCGCCCUGCAUGGGCUGCAAACAACAGCUUAAGACCAACACCGGACUCUCAAAACAUAAACAUGCACACUUCUUAUGUAACACUUCCACUGAUGAUCAUGCUCUAAUAUUUAAGUGCCCACUAUGAGAGAAAAAUAAAGGCCAACUAUGACACAGGGGUGUGAACAGCCUUGAGUGUAGGGUUACAUCAGAUCCUGAACGGUUCAAUGGUUGUGUAGCCGUCAGUGAAGUUACUGCUGCUUGUGUAGUAUUUUCUGACAAUCCGAUGUGAAUACUGCUUGAUGAGAUUGCUUUGGGUUUAAUGGUUGCAUCAGGAUAUUCCAGUCAGCGGUCUUUGUGUAUAUAUGAUCACAGUGGAAGGUUAUGUAAAAGCGUGGUCAAUGCUCUCAUGCGCUGCACUUCAAAUGUUAUGGAUUAUUAAAUUUUUAAAUCGGACCUGAAGGUGCGAGAGAGUCUGAUAACUAAUGAGAGGUUGCAGUGUGGAGUGGUCUGUUGCUCAGCUGUUUUUUUUCCCUUCUCUGUGUUUGCUGCAGGAGAACAGUGGUGUGCCCCAUCAUCGACGUGAUUAGCGAUGAUACAUUUGAGUACAUGGCAGGAUCAGAUAUGACGUACGGAGGUUUCAACUGGAAGCUCAACUUCCGCUGGUACCCUGUACCCCAGAGAGAGAUGGACCGUCGCAAAGGAGACCGCACACUGCCCGUCAGGUGGGUUAUAUACACAACAGAAUAAACCCCUAAUGUGGGUUUGACACAUUUCGCAGCAUCUUAUUCAUCUUCAUACGCCACCAGCUCUGGAGCCACCACAGAGCUGCUGACCCUGAUCUCUCUGUUUGGUCAAGAGGAGAGAAUUUGUGGAGACUUUGCCUUCAGGGACGAAUGAAUUCAUUAGUAAAAUACUCUGUGAAUCAUGCAAUCAAACCCAGGCAGUUUAAGAUAACUUAUAUGCUCUGAGCUGCACUGCUGCUCCUAAAGGCAUUCAUAACUGAUGUGCAUGGAGUAAUCCCACUUCACAGUUGAAUUUAUCACACUUAAUAGUCAUGAUAUUUACCGACAGCAGAUAUACUGAAGGAAUAGAGUCAACUUCCUCUGUAGCUAAACCCAUGAUGUUUAUAUAAGAUUCUAUUUGGUAUUGUUUCUUGUAUCACCUCUCAUGACCCGACCAAAAUGAAACAGAUUUGUGCCUGUCUAUCAUCUCCUGCUCUUGGUUUUAAUGCCUGAUGCCAAUAUUCAAGGUCACACACAUAAUCUAUCUUAUAUAACUCUGUGCCUCUGUUUUCACUUGUUUUUCUCAGCUCUGCAUAACAAAACUUUCCUUAGGGUGUCUUCUAAGUGGCCCAAAAAAACAAAAAUGGAUUGUAGUGUCAGGGAAAGGACUUAACAACUACUAUACGCUAAUGAAAUGAUUUACAUAAGCCCUGUCCUGACGCAAACUGCAAACUGCAUUAUUGUGAAGGCUUGAGAGCUAGUUUAGAAUAACAAGUUGUCCCAGAGUGUUGCUCGUGCUUCAGGUGUCAGCUGGGGUCUGAAAGGUAAUGAGCAGAUUCAGUCAGAUAUGAUGGUUUUUUUUUCCUGUCACGCUGUGCGAGGCCAAAUAGAGGGAUACUUCAUGAGAAAACCUCAACAGCUGAACUGGAUGUUAUCGGCUCAUCUACCUUGUAAUUUGCCUAACUGGUAAAAGUCUGAGGUCACUUGCAGAGUUUCUCUCUACAGCUAUUGGUCAAAAAUCGAGCAUUUGAAAUGAUCUGUUACCAAUUAGGUGCUGUAAUUCCUCCUUGAAGGGAAGAGAGAAGAGAGCAGAUUGACAGACAUGGGUGUUUAUUAUGAACCUGGAUAUUACAACGAUUAUUCUCCCUCUGUAGUCUACUUCAAACAGAAUUAGCAAACCUUUACUGUAAGCUCUUUUUAGAUAGUCUUUUAAUAUGUCAGUUUAUAUGGAGGGUAUUGUGAGUUGAUAUAUCAAAGCAAAAACAUACGACAAUAAUUAGAGCUCUACUCAGGAGGAAACCGGUCUUUGAAGAGGAGAAAAAUGGAGAGAGCUGUGAGGCUAAUCAGCACGACCAACAGAGAAGUGAGAUCAAAACAGUGAAUGGAGAAAAAACAAUCAAGAAAGGUGUAAAAGAGCAGGAAGUGAGGAUACUGUGUGACCUUUCAAAACACUGCCCUUUGGUGACUCUACGUCACUCUGUGUGUCUCUCUCCAGGACUCCCACCAUGGCAGGCGGCUUGUUCUCCAUAGACAGAGAUUAUUUUCAGGAGAUUGGCACGUAUGACGCAGGAAUGGACAUCUGGGGAGGAGAGAACCUGGAAAUCUCUUUCAGGGUGAGUGAACGCACUCCCAGCCAACUAAAAUGACUGUAUUCUUCCAUAGAGCUGGCAGGCACUCAGGAGGAGUGUCUGAAACACACUCACUCACACACACUCACACUCACACUCAGGCCCAUCGCACUGGUGAGUCUGACUUCUCUGACUAAACUGUUGACUUGACUAAUACUUUGUCAGGCGUCAUCCUGACUGCCGUUUAAUCAAACUUAUUCAGACUGUCAAAACACAGGCAGGACCGAUCUGUGUCAUGCAUUUCCCUGGAGAGUUCACUGGCCUGUGCUGGUCCAGUAUUCAGGCCUAUAGUAUGUCUGCUCUGAGUAUUGAUGCUUGUGCUCCACAGAUCUGGCAGUGUGGCGGGACUCUAGAAAUUGUGACAUGCUCUCAUGUUGGCCACGUGUUCAGAAAGGCGACGCCCUACACGUUCCCCGGUGGAACAGGACAGAUCAUCAACAAAAACAACCGGCGCCUAGCAGAGGUCUGGAUGGAUGAAUUCAAAAACUUCUUCUACAUCAUCUCUCCUGGUGAGUUUGCCGUCGUGAAUGGUAGUGCGUCUGCAGCUGCGCUCAUGAAAGUAUGCAUGUAUGUGCUCGUGUGUGGAGGUUAAUCUCCAUGGCAGUUUUGAUCUACCCAUUAACCCUGUGACAGAGUGAUACAGCUGUGGUGACCCAGCAGUGCAGGACGGGGGGUGGCGAGUAAUUUCACGCUACGAAGCAUCUAUUGACUCACACAAGCAUACACACACUUACACACACACACACGCUUACAUACAAGCUGGCUCAGGAAAAGUAAUCAAAAGGAAAGUAAAAGUCCCCAAAAACUGUUUUUUAAGAGGCAAAGCAGCUCUUAGACUUGGCUUUUGGUUCGCCCACAAACUCAGCAAAUUGCUUUUGUUUUUAAGAGUCUCUACAAGGUGCAGCUGUUCUGUUUUGUGAAACUAUGCCAAACACAAAAAUUCUGCACCAGAGGGAGGAAAAAAAACGUAACAGCAGCCGCAAACACCUGCAAACUUGUUGAUGUCGCCACCUUGAGGGGAAGAAAGUAUCAGACGUUUUUACUCAGAACUUUACCUGCGAUCAGUGUCUUCAGCUGCUGCAGCACUCUGCCUGAGAGUUAGACUGACAGAGGAGUCUGAAAUCAAUCAAAGACAUAGAAUAAUACUUUCAUCCAGAAUCUCCUAACAAUACGACUAGUUGAGUUUCAACCACUUCCAACCCCAUUUCCACAAAGAGAGGGGGCUGUAUACAAUAAAAGUAAAGUAAAUCAAUGACACCCUAGAAUUACCUGAAAAGACACCAUAACAAGUGCUUUCACCACACAUUUCCCCAUCUUUUUGGAAAUCUUAAAGACCUCAAAAGUUGGGUCAGGCAUUUUUACAGCUCUGUUUCAUCAUCUCUCAACACUCUUGUAUGUCUGAAGGAAGUGAGGCAGACCAACUGCUGUCAUUUUAAAAUUGUAUUUUUUUUCACUGUCUUGCAUCUUAGAUGAUUCCGACUGAACAGUUGGCGGUCUUCUUUUUUUUUGGGGAUGCUUAUUUCUCACUAUACCACCAAAAUUGCAGCAUGCAUUGCUCUUAAACCUGUGACUAUUGUUCAGCCUUAAAUGGUGCCUUCACAAACGUGCCAGUUACCCAUACCAUGUACACCAAUUCAUCCCCACACCAUCACAGAUGCUGCCUUUUCAACGUGCGCACUGAUAACAAGCCAUAUGGUGCUCUCCUCUUUAGCCUGGAGGAUGUCCACAAUUUUCAGAAAGUACUUCAGUUUCCACUUCAACAUCUGAAACCCCGACAUUCUCUUCAGUUUUACAUUAAGAAACAUUAUUCUGAAAUUGUUUCACUAUUUAUUAUUGCCGUCUUUUAUGGAGGAGUGGAUGAAUUCCCAUUGACUUCAGAAGGACUUGACCUCUUCUCUAUGCUCUUUUAAAACCCAGUCGGUGUUGCCGACUUGCUGGCAGUCAGACUGUUCGGAGAUGUUCCACAAUAUAUAUUUUUUAAUAGUUUGUCCAACUUUUCAGAAACAUGACACAUGCUAGCAUCAAAUUCAAACUGAGCAUAAAUGUUCCCAAAACAAACAGAUCCUCAGUUCUAACAUUUGAUACGUCCUCUCGGGGUUUUCAGUGUUUUUGGAAACAUCACAUUCAGCUUCUAUUCACAUUUCACACAGCAUCCUGUCACUUUCAGAAAGCGGGUUGUAAAACAAAUUCUGCGUUAUCCCCAUGUGAGAGUUGUCUUCCAAGUUGUGUACAGUGUUAAAAUGUCAUGUUUCCCCCGUCAGAUCAAACACUCGUUCAGUCGGUGUGUUUUUUAGAAGUUGUUAAAGAAUGCUGGGCACAGGGAGAGUAGAUUUGUGGUGAGAUUUAUUAGCUCAAGCUCUAGCUUAGUUUUCUAGGUAGGUUGGCAGUAGCAGUAAUCAUCUAGAAUAUUUUGUCUGCUCAAAUCUUAAUUGUCACACCAUCUUCUGUUGUGUUUUUGUGCCCAUGCUUCUGUUUUCGAGCUGCAUUAUUGUCUCUCCAUCAGACAGCAAUAACUGAUGUUUCCGACACAGAAGACAAUUGUGGAAGCAGCUGCUCAGAACAGUGAACAUAAUGUUGUUGAUGGAGAAAAUGGGCCAACUGGAGGGAUAUUCAUCUGGGUCAACUAACAGCAACAUGGAGGAUAGCAUUGUUACCAUUUCUCUUACCAUUAUUCAAGCUCGUGUCACACGCUGAAGUCAUCCCCAUUAUUUCUGCUUCCCUCUAAGCUGUUUGUCUUGUUUCUUUUUUGCCACCUGGGGAAACACUUCACUCGACAGAGAAUGUGGAUAUUUAUUCAGGGGUCUGUGUAGCAUACAUGAGUGCAUGCUUCCUCUGCCGUAGCUCACUGAAUGACAUUUCUGACCCCUGCACAUCCUUUGAAAGGGAGCAAGGGAUUUCUCAUCUUUACCAGACUGUGUCAACUCCGGCAUCGUCGACUCGUAAACAAACACACUCGCGGUGAUUGUUUAACAUUUUUUAGCAAACACACGCAGCUUACUGACACUGAAGAGGAGGAUUAUCUGGAUUUGUGUGUUUGAAAUUCAUGUAUGUUAAUGUUGUGCUGUGUUAAUGACGCCCUUCUAAAUAAUGCUGAAAUGGAAACACUGACUCUGAGUAGCAGGAUUGUAGUUUGCCGCUAGAGUUGCUGACUUUCAUGUUGCUGUCUGUGUGUGUGUGUUUGUGUGUGUCUGUCAAGGUGUGACCAAGGUGGACUACGGUGACAUCACGUCUCGAACAGCACUGAGACAAAAGCUUCAAUGUAAACCCUUCAGCUGGUACUUAGAGAACGUCUAUCCCGACUCCCAGAUCCCCAGACACUAUUACUCCCUGGGAGAGGUACGCUCAUCAUCCACACAUGCACACACACACACACACACGUAUAUUUAAAUUCACACUCACACUGUCUGUCUGUCUGUCUGUCUGACUCACAACAUUUCACACACUGUAAUUCACUGUCAGCCAGACAGACGCAGAUGAAUCCUGGACUGACUGCUUCUUCUUAGCUGGGAUCCAAGUAGACACUGAGAUUUGGAUUUUUUUUUAUUCCGCUGUUUUCUGUUUGUGUUCUGCCCAGAUCCGAAACGUGGAGACGAACCAGUGCCUGGACAAUAUGGCCCGCAAGGAAAACGAGAAAGUGGGCAUUUUCAACUGCCAUGGCAUGGGAGGCAACCAGGUAUUUAAAGACAGAGAGGAAACCUCCAGAACACAAGACCUGAGGACUGUUUUUGUUUUUUAUUUGUUCCGCUUACGGCCAUUUUUAAGUAUUUCCAUAAAUACAAAAGGCAUUUAACAAGGGUAGCACAGCACAUGACCAGAAGGGAGCAGAUAGAAGACAAAGCUUAUUUUACCUGCCCCUCACUCAAAACAGAAAUAAACAAUUACAUAAGACGGUCUGUCCACUUCAGGUUAUUUUCCUAUGACUUUACAAACAAUAUCACAAUCACAUAGAAGUCACAGAGUGUACACAGUAAAAAGUUCUUUGUCUAAUAUGAGCCUGAAGUAACAUCCUUUUUGUGUCUUUCAGGUUUUUUCGUACACGGCAAAUAAAGAGAUCAGGACGGACGACUUGUGUCUAGACGUGUCCAAGUUAAACGGGCCUGUCAUGAUGCUCAAGUGCCAUCACCUGAAGGGGAACCAGCUCUGGGAGUACGACCCUGUGGUAAGUGGAGGGGCAUCGUGAUGAACACACUGGAUGUGAGGUCUGGUGUGAAAUAUCCUCAUAGAGAGAGAAAGAGUAAAUGCUGCUGCAGUUAUUUUUCAUUUUGAAUUUUGACUGUUUAUGUUUUAAAAAAAAAUAUUACUGCAAUUUUUUUUAAUCUGAGUGGAUUAAGAAGACUUUUUUGACACAACUUCACUGCAACAUUUCUGUCACUGAACGGAGCCUCUAAAUAAACCCGGAGAGUAUUUCGAAACUGAUCUCAGUUAUUAAACGACUUGCAUUUCUCAGCUGAAAUUAAUCUGUUUGAUUUACAUCCCCUCACACAUCCACUCUCUGUCUUUGCAGAAGCUGACCCUGAUCCACGUCAACAGCAACCAGUGUCUGGACAAGGCCAGCGAGGAGGACAGCCAGGUGCCCAGCGUCAGAGACUGCACACAUACACGCUCCCAACAGUGGCUACUGCGCAACGUCACACUACCAGAGGUCUUCUGACCACACUCUGCACAGUCCCAAACACACACACAAUCAUUCACACAGCAGCCCAGAGCGAGCAAUCAGGGGAACAGACCGUGUCUAUCCGAAACGGGCACAAAGAAAGCAAAGACUCCCCACGGAGAUAUUCAGGAUGAGAGCAGAACGGAUCGGACGGUACUACCUCUCCCCGAGACCAGAGGGAGGCGUGUGUUUGACUCUUCUCAGUGGGCUAGGAGAGCAAAGACUCCCGCUAUAGACGAUGGCUGUUUGAAUUUUGUUUUAUGUAUUUGUUUUUUUAAAGAGAUUCUGACCACGGACUGGGGAGUGAGACUUCACUCCUGGGCGUGAACAUGAAACUGACCGAUGGAGUCAAGAGUCUUCACGCACUGCUUCCCUGGACUACGCAGUCCACCCUCAACUCAUCACUUAACGUUUACUGGCUGCCUCUUACGAGAGAAUGUGUGCACUUCCAUGAGCGUGUGUGUGUGUGUGUGUGUGAGUGUGUAUUCCAAGAUGAAUGUAUGCCAAGAGAAGGGGGCUAAAUUCCUCGUUUUAUGUUUUUUUUUAUUUAAAUUUGUAAUGAAAAUGAACUCCGGUGAACUCCUAUGAAGAGGAUGUGUGUGUGUGUGUCUGCGCGCAUGUGUGUGUGUGUGUGUGUGUGUGUGUGUGUGUGCGUGUGUCUGAGGCCCCUCUAGUCUUGCAGCAGUGUGUGUCUCCCUCUGGUGUUUCUCAUUGGUAUUUCAUCCCGCAGACUAAAGCCUCCUCGCCGAGGAAUUUCCAAGAGACUGCACAUAAAAACUGAGAGGACGCGACGUCUGCUGUCAGCAGAGAACUAGAGAUAGAGAAAUAUGAUGUUUGUGAUAUCUUGAGAUUUCUAUGUCCAUUUUUUUAUGGUUUUCUGUUUCUACUGUCCUGUGAGAGUGCCACAGAGCAGUAACAUUAGUGCAUCUAUCUGUCUCUGUCGACUUUAUAGAUGUUUAACAUAGAGCUAACACACAAACAGGAACUCUGCAUAUGUAACUUAUGCUCACUGCCUAAUACUUUCAACCAUAAGGAAUUCAUACAAACACACCACCUGUAAACAUAUAGGAACCAGGCUGCACUGGUCUGAUACUCUAAACUAUUUUGUCAUAUCUUCUUCUCUAAGACCUCUUCAAGACACUCCAAGGGCUUUUUUUUUCCUCCACUGGAGUGUGUGUGUGAGUGAAUGUUUAUGAGUGUGUGUGUGUACGUGUGGGUCUUCAGUUAAUCCCGGUCCAUCGGCUCCCUGUUUACCAGGACAAACAGCUCUCUGAUCCCUCGCUGUUGGACACCCAGACUUGGUAGCUUCAAACCAACAGCAGAUGAGAGCGAAAUGCUGCUUUUCUUUUCUCUGCGCUCUCCCGAGGACGUAUUGACAAAAAGGAAAAGAAGCCGGGGACGUAGUUGUUAGAAUAUCAAAGCGGCAUGGCCAACGGGCGUCAGGAGACUUAAUCAGGGAAAGAAUAAUAAAUGUCAAGAGAGCCGAAGGCAGGGGAGGGUUGAACUGUGGGUAACAAAUGCACAGCAGCAGCAGACAUAUCUGAAAUAAUGACUAUAUAUCUCAUUCUGAAAGCCCACCUGCAGUUUCUCUCUUUUCAUAUCUCAGACAGCUGAAGAGGAGCAUCAGUGUGUCGUUCUUUUUACUUUUUCUUCACUAUCAAUCAUGCUGCCGCCAGUCAGGGCAGGAGAGGUGACUUCAUUACUUUUAUUUAACCAUUUCAGCUUCCUCCAGUGGAGGGGUUUACAUAGGACAAAUCCCCAGAUCAAGGUUGAGUGAAAAGACCAUUAACUGAUUUCAUGUCAGAGCGAGUGACUGUGCUGAAGGUGUGAAUGUGUGUUUUUUGUUUUUUUUAUUUGUGUGAGACAGAAGGAGUGAAUCUAUUGUUCUGAUAUUUUUUGGGGGGGGCGGGAGGGAUCAAGUAAACUGACGUGUCCAGGCUUCCACACAGAGCUGAUCCAAAUGUAGAAAAUUAUGAUGAAAAGUUUACAGAACAAUACAAGAGAAAUGUCGAUUUCUGCCUCUUUUUGUUUGCACACACACAAUAAAAACACAUUUUGUUUCCAGUCGGUAAA